AUGUCCUCCGCUACGCCUACCGCCGCGAGCCUUUCGCCAACCUCGACCAAUAUUCUUGGUUCGGGCCAAGGAUCACAGGGAAUCAGCUUCGUUGCGUUCAUUACUGCUCUGAUCUCCUCCUUGGUGAUCUUUGGCAUACAGCUGCUAGCUUUCAUUGCACUCAAGGAUAAGCUGGCGCGUAUCUUCAAACCCAAAACCUACUUAGUACCUCCGCGUGAACGAACAGAACCACCUCCGAGAACCCCAUGGGGCUGGCUCUCUGCGAUCUUUCGAUUCAAAGACAGAGAGAUAAUCAAGAAAUGCGGUCUUGACGCGUACUUCUUUCUUCGCUACCUACAGACCCUCCUCAUUAUCUUCGUACCCCUCGCCAUUGUCAUACUGCCGAUUCUCCUGCCUAUAAACUAUAUUGGAGGUAGAGGAAGUGAUUACGCGCGAGAGUUUCCCAAUAGCACAAGCAGCUCUGCUACGGCGAACGUCACUGGAAUGGACAAGUAUGCUUGGGGAAACGUCAGGCCAACACACACCCACCGGUACUGGGCACAUUUGAUACUUGCGCUUUUAGUCAUCAUCUGGGUCUGUGGUGUAUUCUUCACCGAGCUGCGGGUGUACAUCAAGAUUCGACAGGACUACUUAACGUCGGCCGAGCAUCGCUUGAGAGCAUCAGCAACCACUGUAUUAGUGAGUGCAAUUCCUCAGAAGUGGCUCACAGAAGAAGCUCUGAGAGGAUUGUACGACGUUUUCCCUGGAGGAAUUCGGAAUAUAUGGAUCAAUCGACGUUUCGAUGCAUUACUUGACAAAAUUCAUCAGCGUGAUGAUAUCUUUAGGAAGCUAGAAGCUGCGGAAACUGAACUUAUCAGGAAGGCAAAGAAGGCUCAUAGGAAACAGCAAGCCAAGGACGAAAAAGCUGCAGCAUCCCUCACGAAGGAAGAAAGGGAACAGAAGACCAGGGAGGAGAACGAAGUUGCCGAGAGACUAGCACAGAGUGGCGGGGUGACUACUGGGGAUCCUCAUCACGUCCCACAUACUGUUGACGACGUGAGGGAAGAGGAAUCCGAGAUGGAGAGGCAACAUGAAAAACGGCAAAUUAGCGGCAAAAUCAAGAUAAAUGCCAUCGGCGGGGGUCUAGCAGCUGUAGGUCAAGGCAUCGGCAAAGGCUUGGGGGCGGUAGGCAGGACCGGAGGUACGUUUAUAGGUGGUGCUCGCAACGUCGUCGGUGAUAUCAAUAAUCAAAUCCAAACAACGAACGGAUUCGUGAAUAUUGAUUCGCCGGCAAUCGGAGACGAUGAGUAUUACUCUGAAGACGGACAUGACCGCAGUCCCACUCCCGUUGGUUUUAACGGUACUAGAACAGAUGACAAAGACACUGGAGACAAGCAACGCCAGCAUCGAGCGAACUCACUUGCAUCGACGCAGGAUAGUCGUCGCGAUAUGAAGUUGCCUGGAAACACGGUCCGAAGAGCUACUUAUGACGAGUUUGGUGGAGAUGGCGCCUGCGAUAGUAAUGAAGCUAAAAGCUGGUGGAAAUUCUGGAAACCUCCUUCUGGUGGAUUUGCGUCGCCAGUUCCAAUUGGCUAUAUGAAUGAUGGCGAAUCUCAAUUUCAAUUGACUGAGGUUGAUCAGAAGAGACCGGUCUCAAGAGAAGGCCGAAAAACACAAGCGAAUCGGAGCGUAUGGGCGAAGAUCAAAGCCGCCAUCUUUCCCUUUCUUCGCAAUGAAGAUACCCCGCCACAAGAAUACCCCUUGGCUUACAAUCCGAACUACGAUGAGCAUGCAGUCGGUGCAGCUUGGGAGAAGUACCUGAAGGAAAAGGAUCGACCGACUCAUAGACUUGCCAGGUUCAGCUGGACUCCUGGUUGGUUACCCGGGCUUCCGUUAUUAAACAAGAAGGUCGACACUAUAUAUUGGUGUCGUGGGGAACUGGCACGCCUUAAUUUGGAGAUCGAGAUCGACCAACAGCAUCCCGAGCGGUUCCCACUAAUGAAUUCGGCCUUCAUCCAAUUCAAUCAUCAACUUGCUGCUCAUAUGGCCUCCCAAUCUGUUACGCAUCAUGUGCCCAGGCACAUGGCGCCACGCACGGUAGAAAUAUCACCCAACGAUGUCCUUUGGGACAACAUGUCCAUCAAGUGGUGGGAGGCUUGGCUUAGACUUGGCGCUGCCGUUGUCUUUGUUUCCUGCAUGGUUAUCAUGUGGGCCUUUCCUGUUGCAUGGACUGCCUCCUUGGCCCAAAUUUCCUCGCUGGCCGACAAAUACAGUUGGCUUCACUGGCUCAACAUGAUUCCAAAAAGGGUUCUUCAGGCUAUUGCUGGUGUACUACCUGCUCUCGUCCUGACCAUAUUGCUUGCGAUUGUCCCUCCGAUCUUAAGCGGUGUGGCAUUCCUUUCAGGAGCACAGACAGGGAUGCAGCAGCAGAGAUACGUGCAGAACUUUUACUUUGCUUUUUUAUUCGUCCAAGUUUUCCUUGUUGUCUCCAUAUCUGGAGGUGCAUUCGCAGCACUGAGCUCUGCCAAUAAUAUCACCGCGAUUCCAGAUACUCUAGCCACUCAACUGCCGAAGGCUGCCAACUACUUUUUCUCCUAUAUGAUUCUUCAAGCAUUGUCUACAAGUUCAGGGACCCUUCUGCAGCUGGCAACCCUCAUAUUUUGGUUUGUCCUGCCGAAAUUCUUCGACAGCACUGCUCGAGAAAAAUGGAAACGUAAUACGGAUCUUCCGAACGUGACCUGGGGCACAUUCUUUCCCGUCUAUACUAAUUUUGCAUGCAUUGCACUCAUCUACUCUAUAGUGGCGCCCUUGAUCAUAGUCUUCGCUAUCAUCACCUUCGCCCUUUUCUGGCUUGCGAACCGUUACAAUAUGCUCUACGUUUUUCGAUUCCAGUUGGACACGGGUGGACUGCUAUACCCUACUGCUAUCAAUCAAACUUUUACCGGUCUCUACGUCAUGGAACUUUGCUUGAUUGGUCUCUUCUUCCUUGUUCAAGAUGCGGCAGGAGAUGCGGCUUGCGUGCCGCAGGCGAUCAUCAUGAUUGUCGCUAUGUUUCUUACGGCGCUCUACCAGAUUCUUCUUAAUAUAGCAUUUGCCCCUCUCUUUAAUCAUCUCCCCGUCACUUUCGAAGAUGAAGCUGUCCUCCGCGACGAAGCUUUUGAAAGGGCGCAAGCUCGUCGUCUUGGUCUUGAUGAUGAAGAGGAACCCGCAGCCCCGCCUAGUGGACCUGAUAUUGAAAUGUCAAAACUCAGCAAACCGCCCUCUAGGGCGGAUAACGCUGGGCAGUUCAAUCCUGCCGCUAUGGUUCAGGGCGAUGAUUCAUGGGCAGCACACUCAGAACGAGCCUUCCGUUCCAAGGCUCUGGGUCGAAAUGACAGCAAUGGCGCGAAUGAAGACGAGGCGACCGCGGCUCAGCUCUUGCGAAAACACAAGCAUAAAGACAUUGAUACUCAGAGAAAGAUUGCGGAUGCACUUUAUGGAGGCUAUCACGACGAAAUUGAGGACUUGACGCCUGAUGAAAGAGAUGUUCUCGUUAGGCAUGCUUUCCAACAUUAUGCGCUGAGAGCAAGACGACCGACUGUAUGGAUUCCCCGAGAUGACAUUGGGGUCAGCGAUGACGAGAUAAGGAGAACACGAGAGUUUGCUGAUACAAAUAUUUGGAUUUCUAACGUUGGCGCUGCACUGGAUGCAAAGUUCCGAGUUGUUUAUGGCAGGAAUCCGCCCGAUUUCUCAGAGGUUGAUUUGAUCAACCUGUGA